AUGUCGAAGCUCAGUGUGGACGACGGCAAGCCCAGCGCCGUGUUUAUCGAGGAUGCUGAGGCUCAGACGCAGAACUAUAGCCAGAACGUCAAUGCAAGAAUCUACAAUCCCCUCGCAGGCAUCUCCAAAGAUGAUCUUUAUGACCGCGUUCUUCGGUUCUGCGACGAGUAUGGAUUCGUCGACCAUGUCGAUACUUUCCAAAAGGGUGCCCUUGCUGCACAGCAGCAGAAAGAUUUUGAGGCUCUUCCCGAGUUGACUGAAGGAGAUAAAUAUCACUUGCGAAGAGAAUCUACCCAUAAAUGGCACCUGCCCAAAGACCUCUAUUUCAGUAUCGCCUUGUGUUCUCUCGGCUCUGCUAUCCAAGGAUGGGAUAAUACAGGCGCCAAUGGAGCGAACCUCAGUUUCCCGCAGGAAUUCGGCAUCGAAGAUAAUACGUGGUUGAUUGGGGUGAUCAAUUCAGGACCUACACUUUUUGGGCUCCUUAGUGCUUGGGCCGCGGACCCUUUGAACAACUGGCUUGGGCGUCGAGGCACCAUUUUCUUGACUGGACUAUUCUGCGUCUUCCCUGUUCUUGCACAGGCUUUCACUCAGAACUGGUGGGGAUUGAUGAUCUGUCGACUCUUCAUGGGACUCGGAAUGGGCGUCAAGAUUUCCACCAUUCCAGUCUUCAGUGCAGAAAUCAGCCCGGCUUCAAUUCGCGGUGGUCUCGUCACAAGUUUCCAGCUGUGGGUGGCAUUCGGAAUCUUCGUUGGUUUUUGUUCCAAUUUAAUUUUCUUUCGAAUUGGAAAAUUGGCCUGGCGCUUCCAGUUAGCGGCAGCCUUUGUUCCUGCGAUCCCCGUGUUGAUUUGCGUCUGGUUCUGUCCUGAAUCGCCUAGGUGGCUCAUGAAGAAAGGACGCUACCAGGAGGCAUUCAGAUCAUUUUGUCGACUGCGUAACACUGAGCUCAUUGCAGCCAGAGACCUGGUAAAUUCAUCUACUCCUUACGAUUCCCCUAGAGGCAACGAAUCUGACAAAUACCACCAGUACUACGCCCAUUGCCAGGUCAUGACUGAGCGCGAUGCCUUCUCAGGCAAAUCACUUCCUUCCCGAGUCUGGGAGCUGUUCGCAGUCCCGCGGCUCCGUCGCGCAAUGCUCUCCAGUGCGAUCAUCGUCACAGCCCAGCAGUUCUCGGGUAUCAAUGUCAUGUCGUUCUACUCCUCGACCAUCUUCUCUCAGGCCGGAUACUCGCCACGCGACUGUCUACUCGCCUCGCUUGGGUUCGGACUGACCAUGUUCAUCUUUGCUCUGCCGGCUGUCUGGACGAUGGACACGUUUGGGCGACGCAACCUGCUACUCUUUACCUUCCCCAAUAUGGCCUGGUGUCUGCUCACGGCGGGGUGUUGCUUUUUGAUCCCGACGGAGUCUAGUGCCCGGGUGCCGCUGAUUGCUUUUUUUAUUUAUCUGUUCACGGCCUUGUAUGGACCUGGAAUUGGGCCCAUCCCCUCCAUAUACUUCAGCGAGGCAUUCCCGUUGUCACAUCGCGAGCUCGGGGCGGCUUUCACUAUUUGCAUCAACAAUGCCAUCGGCAGCGCCUUGAGUCUGACCUUUCCGUCACUCUUGGCUAAAGUCACUCCGACGGGAGCAUUCGGGUUCUACGCCGGCCUAAACGUCCUCGCCUUCCUCACGAUUUUCCUAGUUGUCCCAGAAACGAUGCAACGCACCCUCGAAGAACUUGACUAUACCUUUGGCGUGCCCGUGCAUCGACAUGCUCGCUACCAAGUGGGCACCUGGCUGCCCUGGUUUGUGCGGCGAUAUUUCUUCUUCCAGCGCUCUGCGAAGUUGGAGCCCUUGUAUCGGUUGGAGGGGCUCUGA